AUGUUCAUUCUAACUACCAUCUCGGACUUGAUUCAGAUAUCACCCGAGGACUUCUCUAAAUUCAGUGCUGUGGCCAUUGAAGACAAUAUCAAUGAGAAAUAUGCCAACAAGGUAAUCCAAAAAAUCGGUCUCUGCAUCAGCUUUUAUGACCUAUUGGAGUCUUCAGAUGGUCUGAUUGGCCAUGGGACUGGUCUGGUUAACGUGAAUGUUAAAUUCCGGAUGAUCGUUUUCCGGCCCUUCAAGGGCGAGAUCAUGCUAGGAAAGAUUGCCAGCGGCACAGAGCACGGUAUCAAGAUCGGUCUGGAAUUCUUCAACGAUAUCCUCAUCCCACCACAGAUGCUUAUGGAAAAGUCACGAUUUGAUUUUGCAGAGCAAGUCUGGAUCUGGGAGAACGAAGACGGCUCAGAAUUCUUCUUCGAUGUGGGAGAAGUUGUCCGGUUCCGUAUUGAAUCAGAAGAGUGGCACGACCAGAUCCCCAAUGCGCCAGACCUUGGCGAUGAAACUCCUACAGAGAGGCGGCCUCCAUAUUCCAUUAUUGGUUCGAUGCAAAUGGGUGGAACUGGACCUAUUACCUGGUGGUAA